CUAGGCUGGAUAGCACACCCAAUUUUCAGCUCCGAUGGAGACUAUCCGGCAGUCAUGAUUGAUCGUAUUGCCAACCACAGCAAAGCGGAAGGUCGUUUGGUUUCACGAUUACCGACAUUCUCUAAGCAUUGGAAAAGGACAAUUCAAGGAACGUCUGAUUUUUUUGGUUUAAACUAUUAUACAAGUCGGUACAUUCGAGAAUCAUUGGAACCAAUUGGUGAGAACCCAUCAGUUGCACGCGACAGGGGAAAUGAAAGAUUUACAAAACCUGAAUGGAUUAAAGGUGCAUCAGAUUGGUUAUAUUCGGUUCCAAAAGGACUUGGCGAUCUUUUAAGAUGGAUCAAAGCGGAAUAUAAUAAUCCAGAAGUAAUAAUCACUGAGAAUGGUUGGUCCGAUGAUGAUAGGCUUGAAGAUGACAGUCGCGUCACCUAUUUUCAUGAUCACUUGGAACAAGUUUUGGAUGUCAUUUUAAAUAACGGUUGCAACGUCAAAGCAUUUUCAGUAUGGUCUCUGGUAGAUAAUUUCGAAUGGAGUCAAGGCUACACUGAAAAAUUCGGAAUGUUUUUCGUUAACAUGUCAUCGCCGCGGAAAGAACGAAUUCCAAAAAAAUCCGCAUAUUUCAUGGAAGAAUUGAUUAAAAAACGAAGCAUUCCGGGAAUAUACUAAUGUCAUUCAUAAUAAUGAGUCAUUUUUUAUUAAGACAAAUGUAUAUUUAUUUAAAUUGAUAUUUAAAUUAAAGAAAAGCUCGUUAUUAUACAUUACAA